AUGUUCAUGAAUACCCUUCAAGGACCAUACCUUGAUAGGUUGAUUGGAAGUAAUGCCUCAGGAUUCUCAAACCUGGUCACCGCUGAGGAACAAAUUGAGAACGGUAUAAAAAUCGGCAAGAUACAAGAUGCAGCAGCUGCUACUAGUGGAGCAAAGAAACCCCAUUCCGGAUUCCCCAAAAAGAAGGAAGGGGAGGCCAAUACUUCCAUGAUAGCCAAAAGAGAAGCUGAAGCCUACCAAAUGCCAUACUAUUCGGUGGCAGCAGUUGCACCUAACGCGUAUCAGCAGCCGACAUAUGUUAUCCCAACUGGUCCUCCAGCAAGAGAGUUGAGACCUCCUCCAACACCUCUCCCUCAAGGAUAUGACGCUAAUGUUAGGUGUGAAUUCCAUUCUGGAGAACUUGGACAUACCAUCGAGAACUGCAGAGCCUUGAAGCAUAAGGUCCAAGACUUGAUUGACUCUAAAGCUAUAUCGUUCGCGCCAGCUGUUGCAAACAUAGCAAACAACCCCAUGCAGGCCAAUAUUCACUUAAAAGCAAAUUAUCGGUUACUAGAUGAGAGGAUCAGAGCCAUUGAAGGAUUCUCUGGUUAUGGUAUUGAUGCUAAGGACUUGAGCCUAGUUCCUAAUGUGGUGCUUCCACCUAAGUUCAAAGCGUCGGACCUACCAAAAUACAAGGGUUUAAGUUGUCCAAGAAGUCAUAUCAUUAUGUAUUGUAGGAAGAUGGAAUCCUACAUUAAUAAUGAUGAGCUUCACAUCCAUUGCUUCCAAGACAGCUUAUUUGGGGCAUCCUUGGAUUGGUAUAUGAGUUUAGAACGCAGUAAAAUCAGAUCUUGGAAGGAUUUGUCUAAAGCCUUUCUUAGGCAAUACAAAUAUAACAUGGACAUGGCUCGCACCAGGUUACAACGGCGAAAUCAAGCCUGCAAGAGCAGCAAAACAUUUAAGGAAUACGCUGAAAGAUGGCGUGAAAUGGCUUCUAGAGUUAGACCUGCGCUAACAGAUGUUGAAUUGGUCGAUAUCUUCAUGAGCACAUUCCAAGGUCUGUACUAUGAGAAGAUUGUUGGUAGUUCAUCAUCCAACUUUUCCGACAUAGUGACCAUCGGAAAGUGCAUUGAAAAUGGACUGAAAACCGGGAAAAUUGCUAUUGUUGAUAGCCAGACAAUGGCCAAGAAAUCUCAGGGGUUGCUAAGAAGAAGGAGGCCAAUGCAAGUACUGUGA